AUGGACUCCUGGGAUCGAUUCAAAGAACCCCUACCACCCAAAGAGAGAUUCUACAGCACCCUAAACGAGUCCGGCAUAAAGGAUGAGGAGUACCAGCAUGCGUUAGAUGUGUGGGAAAAGUACUCCUGUGAGAAUAUGGGGGACUACCACGACAUCUACUUAAGGUCUGACGUCGUCCUACUAGCGGACGUCUUUCAAAGCUUCAGAAAGAUGGCAAUGAAAUACUACGGGUUGGAUCCAACGAACUUCUACACGGCUCCUGGGCUUAGUUGGAGUGCGCUGCUAAAGAAGACAAACGCGCAACUGGAUCUCCUAACGGAAUACGACAUGUACCGCUUUAUGGAAGACGGUAUCCGCGGCGGCGUUUGUGGACCCAGCAGACGAUACGCCAGAGCAAACAAUCCCACGGUGGAGURCGACCCGGAGAAGCCAACCACAUACAUCUUCUACUUAGGCGCAAACAACCUCUACGGUUGGGCAAUGUCGCAGUACUUACCUGUACGCGACUUCGAAUGGGACAACAUAAAGCCCAUAGAGUUUUACCUAAACGUAGGCAAAGAAGACGACAAAGGUUACGUGCUGGAGGUUGAUUUGGAAUACCCAGAGCACCUGCACGACGCACACGAUGAGUUUCCCCUUGCCCCAGAAGCAAUAGAAAUACCAUUUAAGCAGCUGAGUCCGCUGCAGAGGGAAAUGUGUCCUGGUUACAAAUCGUACAGGAAACUAACUAUGAACCUGAUGGACAAAAAGAAGUACGUGGUGCAUUACCGCAACCUGCAGUUCUACGUGCGACACGGAAUGAGAGUAACGCACAUACACCGCGUUUUGAAGUUCACGCAGGAACCCUGGAUGCGCUCCUACAUUGACUUUAACACACAAAAGCGUAYGCAGGCAAAGAAUGACUUCGAAAAGAGCCUGUUCAAACUAAUGAACAAUAGCGUAUUUGGUAAGACAAUGGAAAACAUCCGCAAGCGCGUAAGCAUAAAAAUAGCCAGCACCAUAGAGGAAGCAGAAGCAUACGUGUCACAGCCUGGAUUCGUCAGAUACGUAGAAAUGUUAAACUUCUACGUAAUCCAUAUGAAGAAGGCGAACCUAUUCCUGAAUAAACCCGUAUACACGGGGUUUACAGUGUUAGACCUAUCAAAGUUGCUCAUGUAUGAGUUUUACUACGACAAGCUAAAACCCAAAUACGGUGAUAAGUGCCGCCUCUUAUACACCGACACCGAUUCCUUGAUACUAGAGGUGCAGACGGAAGACAUUUACGAAGACUGUGUUCCCGACAACGAUGAAUACGACACCAGCGAUUACCCACCAAGGGUGAUUGGCGUGUAG